GUGACAUGACGUCACGCCAGAGUUGACUACUUAAACGAAUAACUCAAUAAACCUGUGUUCAUUCCUGUUUCGGCGUCUGUUACUUCAGUGGCGACGAGGUGAUUAACCCCCACGGCCAGGGUAAAGCAUGGCAACGCAUGCCGGGCCUCCUAUUUUUGACGAAGGGGACGACAAGUGGGAAGCAUAUCAGGUGCGAUUAGAAGCUUUCUUCGAAGCCCAUGAGAUUGUCGAUCCGAAGAAGCGUCGGGCCUUACUUGUUGCCGCCCUUAGUACCAAGACAAUAGAUCUCUUGGCAGGGCGUUGUGCGCCUGACAAGAUUCAGGAUCUGACGUACGAAGCAGCAGUUCCAAAACUGGCUGAGCACUUUGCACCGAAAGGCAACGAGAUAGCGGAGUCUUAUCGGUUUUUCUCAAGGAAUCAACAAGCCGACGAGUCGACAAGCGAUUUCAUUGUCGAACUACGGAAGAUGGCUAAUAGGUGCAAUUUUGGCCAGGCGCUAGAUAGGAUGCUGCGGGACAGGUUUGUUUGCGGUAUACGGGAUGCUGGAGUCCUUCGUAAUCUGCUAGCAAGGCACACGCUCACGCUGCAGGAAGCAGAGGAUGCGGCGAUAGCUGGUGAGAUGGCGGCACGCAACGUACAGCAGAUGGGAGAUGGACCAAUCACAGAGGGCGUCCACGCAGUACGAACAAAGCAAGAGCGGCAGAAGUUCGUCAGAAGGCCGCAGCCAAGUAGGAUGGCUGAGUCCAGCAACGAGCACCAGACCGGCUGCCUUUGCUGUGGUAGCGACUCCCACAAGACCGCCAAAUGCAGGUACCGCCGCGCUGAGUGUUUCUCUUGUCGGUGGAGGGGACACCUGGCUGCAAUGUGCAAAUCCAAGCCACGCCAAGAAAAUGUAGCUCAUUGCGAGGAGUCAGUCUUGGACAGCGAGGACUACGGACAGUUCCUGUUACACCUCCGUGAGUCGUUGAGAGGACUGGUCGGGCCUAUAUGGCGAACGCUACAGUGGAAAGGGGUGCCCGUGAAGAUGCAAGUGGACACCGGAUCACCAGUGUCAAUAGUGACAUGGCCAACUUACGCCCAGCACCGUCACCGUUGGCCCAUGCUCGACAAGUCGUCGUUUCAACUGAGUUGCUUCCUCGGUAGACUACCUGUGAAAGGACAGCUGGAAGUUCCUGUCACCUACGCUGGAAAAACCGUCAACGCGACGCUAGUGGUGCUCGGCUGCUCAGGUCCAAACCUCUGUGGCCGAGACAAAAUUUAAGCAUUCCAGCUGACUGGAGGCCCAGUGCUCAACGUGGAGGUCAACGACGGUGCACUUCCCCGCAGACAUUCGCCCGGAGAACCCGUAUGGUGCAAGAACUAUGGGGCAGGCGCCAGUUGGAGACGCGCAGUGAUACAGAAUAC